AUGCUACUUGUUUGCUGCGCAUUUUUAAGGAAAUUGAAUAGGCUGAAAUAUGUUCUGCAUAAAUUCAAUAAAGUGAAGGUUGGUGAUGUUUCUCAAUUGUUUUCAACAGCUAAGGAGAAAUACCAACAAGCUCAGUUUAAUCUACAACAAGACCCUUCUUCCGCUGAUCUUCAACAAGCUGCUUAUCUAGAGUUUGCUCUUCAAUCUAAAAUUCUAAAGCAGAGGAAAGUUGGAAAUCUGAUCACUUUGUUCAUGGAUGAUAAAGGUCAGCUUGUUGAUAAUUAUGAGGAUGUAGUUGCUCAUUUCAUUAACAAUUUUAAAAGCUUUAUGGGUAGUCCAAGUCCGGCCAUUACUCAACUCAAGCAAGAUUGUUUCACUCAUGGAGCAACUUUGAAUUUAGAUCAAAAACUUGGAUUAAUAAAGCCAUUUACCAAGAAGGAUGUGAUGAAGUCAUUAUUCAGUAUUCACUCUAUUAAGAGUCCUGGCUCUGAUGGGUAUGGUUCGGGCUUUUUCAAAGUCUUGUGGUAG